AUGCGCCGGCGGCUGUUUCCCGGCGACCCCGCCGCGGGCUGCCGCCUUCAGCACCUGCCGGCGGCGGACAGCUCCCCGCUGCAGGCCGCGAGGGCGACCGCGGGACCACCGGGCCCAGGUCCCGGCCCAAGCCCCGGCCCGGGCCCUGGCCCUGGCCCUGGCCCUGGCCCCGGCCCCGGCCCCGGUCCCGGCAGCGUUUCCAGGAGACUGGACCCCAAGGAGCCCCCGGGUAGCCAGAGAGCAGCUUCCCCAACCCCGAAGCAGGCUUCUGCUACUGCUCCCGGCCGCGAGAGCCCCCGGGAGACAAGGGCACAGGGCCCAGCGGGCCAGGAGGCUGAUGGCCCCCGCAGGACGCUGCAGGUAGACAGCAGGACGCAGAGAUCAGGGCGGUCCCCCUCUGUGUCACCGGACAGAGGCAGCACCCCCACAUCACCCUACUCCGUCCCCCAGAUCGCCCCCCUUCCCAGCAGCACGCUGUGUCCCAUAUGUAAGACCUCGGACCUCACGUCGACCCCCAGCCAGCCAAACUUCAACACCUGCACCCAGUGUCGCAACAAGGUCUGCAACCAGUGUGGGUUCAACCCCAACCCUCACCUCACCCAGGUGAAGGAGUGGCUCUGUCUGAACUGCCAGAUGCAGAGGGCUCUGGGGAUGGACAUGACCACCGCGCCUCGCUCCAAGAGCCAGCAGCAGCUGCACUCCCCAGCCCUGUCUCCUGCCCAGUCCCCAGCCAAACAGCCCCUGGGGAAGCCAGAGCAGGAGAGAUUGCAGGGCCCAGGGGCACCCCAGCCUGGCCCCCGCCAGGCUGAGACAGCCAGGGCCACCUCAGUGCCGGGGCCUGCCCAAGCAGCUGCCCCCCCGGAGGUGGGGAGGGCGUCUCCUCAGCUCCCUCCCCCUGUCAAGCCUUCCACAGCGGAGCCCAGGCCACCUGCAGGAGAGGCCCUGGCCAAAAGUGCCACUGCAGUGCCCUCUGGGCCUGGUGCUGCCGAGCAGACCCAGGAGGGCCUCACUGGGAAGCUCUUUGGCCUUGGUGCAUCCCUGCUGACCCAGGCAAGUACCCUCAUGUCUGUGCAGCCUGAGGCUGAGCCCCAGGGCCAGGCUGCCCCCAGCAAAGGGACACCCAAGAUCGUCUUCAGUGAUGCCAGCAAGGAGGCUGGCCCGAGACCCCCAAGCUCAGGGCCUGGGCCUGGGCCAGCACCUGGAGCCAAAACUGAGCCUGGAGCUAGAACAGGUCCUGGAUUGGGGCCUGGAGCCCUGGCAAGAACUGGGGGAACAACGAGUCCAAAGCAUGGCAGAGCAGAACACCAGGCCGCGACCAAGGCUACUGCCAAGCCAAAGACCAUGCCGAAGGAAAGGGCCACCUGCCCACUGUGCCAAGCCGAGCUCAACGUGGGCAGCAAGGGCCCCGCCAACUACAACACCUGUACCACCUGCAGGCUCCAGGUGUGCAACCUGUGUGGCUUCAACCCGACGCCCCACCUGGUAGAGAAAACCGAGUGGCUCUGUCUGAACUGCCAAACUAAGCGGCUGCUAGAGGGCAGCCUGGGGGAGCCGACCCCCCUGCCACUGCCCGCCUCUCAACAGCCCCCCUCAGGGGCCCCUCUCCGGGCGACAGGAGCAGCCCCUCCGAAGCAGAAAGGGCCACAGGGGCCGGGCCAGCCAUCAGGCCCCCUGCCUGCCAAGGCCAGUCCCCUGCCCACCAAGGCCAGCCCCCAGGCCAAGCCCCUCAGGGCUUCUGAACCCAGCAAGACCCCGAGCAGUGCCCAGGAAAAGAAGCCAGGAAUCCCAGCUAAAGCCGAGCCUGGGCCAAAACCACCUCCAGAGGCUACCCUACCUCCUGGGACUCCCAAAGGAAAGACAGGGGCCCGGAGGACUGAACCUGCCACCCCUGUCGUCAAGGCCUUUCCAGAAGCCCCCAAGGGUGGGGAGUCGGAGGAGCUGGCGGGCAAGCCUUACUCUCAGGACCUGUCUCGGAGCCCACAGAGCCUCAGUGACACGGGCUAUUCCUCUGAUGGCGUCUCCAGCUCCCACAGUGAGAUCACAGGUGUCGUACACCAGGAGGUGGAGCAGCUGGACAGCGCAGGGGUGACAGGGCCUCGCCCGCCCAGUCCAUCCGAGCUCCACAAGGUGGGGAGCAGCAUGCGGCCUUCACUGGAGGCCCAGGGCCCAGCCCCCAGGAGCGAGCAGAGCAAGCCACCCAGGAGCAGUGGUGUCGAACAGAAGCGGAGGCCCCACUCCUUGUCCAUCAUGCCCGAGGCCUAUGACUCCGACGAGGAGCUGGAGGAUAUCCUGGAGGAAGGGGAAGACUCUCUGGAGUGGGGGCGCCAGAGGGAGCAGCAGGACACAGCUGAGUCCUCAGAUGACUUUGGCAGCCAGCUGAGACACGACUACGUGGAGGACAGCAGUGAGGGUGGCUUGUCCCCUCUUCCACCCCAGCCCCCAGCCCGGGCAGCCGAACUGACCGAUGAGGAGUUCAUGCGACGGCAGAUCCUGGAGAUGAGUGCUGAGGAAGACAACCUGGAGGAGGAAGACGCCACCCCUGUGGGGCCUGGCCUGGCCAAACAUGGGGCCCAGAAAGGCGGCCCCAGGCCCCGGCCCGAGCCCAGCCAAGACCCAGCGGCUCUGCCCAAGAGACGUCUGCCGCACAAUGCCACCACGGGCUACGAGGAGCUGCUGUCCGAGGGGGGCCCCGCCGAGGCCAGCGAAGCCACUGGGGCCCUGCAGGGGGGGCUCCGCCGCUUCAAGACCAUUGAGCUCAACAGCACAGGCAGCUAUGGCCACGAGCUGGACAUGGGCCAAGGCCCUGACCCCAGCCUGGAGCGGGAGCCUGAGCUGGAGAUGGAGAGCCUGACGGGCUCGCCCGAAGACCGCUCCCGCGGGGAGCACUCCUCCACACUGCCGGCCUCCACGCCCAGCUACACUUCCGGCACCUCUCCCACCUCCCUGUCCUCCCUGGAGGAGGACAGCGACAGCAGCCCCAGCCGCCGGCAGCGGCUGGAAGAAGCAAAGCAGCAGCGCAAGGCCCGGCACCGCCCGCACGGGCCCCUGCUGCCCACCAUCGAGGACUCCUCGGAGGAGGAGGAGCUGCGGGAGGAAGAGGAGCUGCUGCGGGAGCAGGAGAAGAUGCGGGAGGUGGAACAGCAGCGCAUCCGCAGCACGGCCCGCAAGACUCGGAGAGACAAGGAAGAGCUGCGGGCCCAGCGGCGGCGUGAGCGCUCCAAGACUCCCCCGAGCAACCUGUCACCCAUUGAGGACGCCUCCCCGACGGAGGAGCUGAGGCAGGCGGCCGAGAUGGAGGAGCUCCAUCGCUCCUCCUGCUCCGAGUACUCGCCCUCCCCUUCCCUCGACUCGGAGGCUGAGGCCCUGGACGGUGGCCCCACCCGGCUGUACAAGUCGGGCAGUGAGUACAACCUGCCCACCUUCAUGUCCCUCUACUCACCCACGGAGACGCCCUCGGGCAGCUCUGCCGCUCCCAGCUCGGGCCGGCCCCUCAAGAGCGCGGAGGAGGCCUACGAGGAGAUGAUGCGCAAGGCCGAGCUGCUCCAGCGGCAACAGGGGCAGGGGGUAGGCGGCCCCUCUCAGCCCACUGGCCCCCGAAGCCAGGGCACCUUUGAGUACCAGGACGCCCCCGACCAAGACUAUGGCCGGGCUGCACAGCCCGCCGCCGAGGGCACACCGGCCAGCCUGGGGGCAGCCGUGUACGAGGAGAUCCUUCAGACGUCACAGAGCAUUGCCCGCAUGCGGCAGGCCUCCUCCCGGGACCUGGCCUUUGCAGAGGACAAGAAGAAGGAAAAGCAGUUUCUGGAUGCCGACAGUGCGUACAUGGACCCGAUGAAGCAAAAUGGUGGCCCACUCACCCCUGGUACCAGUCCCACCCAGCUCGCUGCCCCUGUGUCCUUCUCCACCUCCACUCCCUCAGACAGUAGUGGUGGCCGAGUCAUUCCUGAUGUCCGUGUUACUCAGCAUUUUGCAAAGGAGCCUCAGGACCCCCUCAAGCUUCACAGCUCCGCUGCCUCCCCCAGCUCUGCCUCCAAGGAGGUAGGCGUAUCCUUUUCCCAGGGCCCUGGCACCCCAGCCACCACAGCCGUGGCUCCUUGUCCAGCCGGCCUGUCACGAGGUUAUAUGACGCCGACCUCCCCAGGAGGCUCUGAGCGCAGCCCUUCGCCAUCUUCGGUAGGCUACAGCUACGGACAGAGCCCGGCCACCGCAAACUAUGGGUCUCAAACUGAGGAGUUACCCCAGGCCCCCAGCGGCCCCACUGCCAGUGGACGGGCUGCUAGAGACAAGCCCCUGAGUGUGAGUGAUGGUGAGAGCGGCCCCCACAAGGCCUCCCAGGGGUAUUCCUACUUCGCGGGCUCCAGCCCACCUCUGUCUCCAUCUUCUCCUUCAGAGAGUCCCACGUUCUCCCCUGGCAAACUGGGCCCAAGGGCCACAGCCGAGUUCUCUACACAGACGCCAAGCCCGACCCCUGCCUUGGACAUGCCUCGGAGCCCUGGUGCCCCGACCCCAGCACCCAUGGUGGCUCAGGGCACACAAACGCCACACCGACCCAGCACCCCUCGCCUGGUAUGGCAGCAGUCCUCUCAGGAGGCCUUUAUGGUCAUCACUCUGGCAUCAGAGGCCUCCAGCCAGACCAGGAUGGUACAUGCCAGUGCCUCCACCUCCCCAGUGUGUUCGCCCACCGACACCCAGCCCACCACCCACAGCUACAGCCAGACAACACCUCCAAGUGCGUCCCAGCUGCCCCCAGAGCCACCUGGGCCACAUGGCUUCCCACGGGCACCCAGUGCCGGUGCGGAAGGGCCCUUGGCAGUAUAUGGCUGGGGCGCCCUCCCUGCUGAGAACAUCUCCCUGUGCCGGAUCUCCUCUGUCCCUGGAACGUCUAGGGUGGAGCCAGGCCCCAGACCUCCAGGCAGUGCUGUGGUAGACCUUCGUACAGCUGUCAAGCCCACGCCCAUCAUCCUUACUGACCAGGGCAUGGACCUAACUUCUCUUGCCGUGGAAGCAAGGAAGUAUGGCCUUGCGCUGGAUCCAAUCCCAGGACGGCAGUCGACUGCUGUGCAGCCUUUGGUCAUCAACCUCAAUGCCCAGGAGCAGACCCAUGCCUUCCUCAGCACCUCCACCACCAUGAGCAUCACCAUGGCCUCAUCUGUGCUCUUGGCUCAGCAAAAGCAGCCUGUGGUCUACGGAGACCCCUUCCAGAGCCGGCUUGACUUUGGCCAGGGCGCGGGGAGCCCCGUGUGCCUGGCCCAGGUCAAGCAGGUAGAGCAGGCUGUCCAGACAGCCCCGUACCGAGGUGGGCCCCGUGGAAGACCUAGGGAGGCCAAGUUUGCCAGGUAUAACCUGCCCAACCAGGUAGCACCUCUGGCCAGAAGGGACGUUUUAAUCACUCAGAUGGGCACUGCCCAGAGUGUUGGCCUCAAAUCAGGUCCAGUGCCAGAGCCUGGUGCUGAACCCCACCGGGCUGCCCCCGCAGACCUGCGGUCACACGCUAUGCCCGGUGCCAGGAAGCCACACACAGUGGUGGUACAGAUGGGAGAGGGUGCCGCGGGCACUGUGACCACACUGCUCCCGGAGGAGCCCACAGGUGCCCUGGACCUCACCGGGAUGAGGCCUGAGAGCCAGAUGGCAUGCUGCGACAUGGUCUACAAGUUGCCCUUCGGCAGUAGCUGCACGGGCACCUUCCACCCCACCCCCAGCGCACCUGAGAAGAAUGUGGCAGACAUCGCCCCACCCGGCCAGGGCGGGGGCCCCUUCUACAGUCCCCGGGACUCUGAGCCUCCCGAGCCCCCCGCCUACCGGGCACAGGGGGUGGCAGGGCCUGGGCCCCACGAGGAGCAGAGGCCCUACCCACAGGGCCUCCAUGGCAGGCUGUACUCCUCCAUGUCUGACACCAAUUUGGCUGAGGCUGGCCUCAACUACCAUGCGCACAGGACUGGGCAGCUCUUCCAGGGCCCCGGACGAGACUCCGCUGUGGAUCUCAGCUCGCUGAAGCACUCCUACAGCCUGGGCUUCGUGGAUGGACGCUACCUGGGGCAGGGCUUGCAGUAUGGCUCCUACACAGACCUGCGUCAUCCUACAGACGUUUUGACUCACCCGCUUCCCAUGCGGCGCUACAGUUCAGUGUCAAACAUCUACUCCGACCACAGGUAUGGCCCGCGGGGAGAUGCCGCUGGCUUCCAGGAGGCCAGCCUGGCCCAGUACAGUGCCACCACCGCCCGUGAGAUCAGCCGCAUGUGUGCUGCCCUCAACUCCAUGGACCAGUAUGCAGGGCGGCAUGGCGGCGGCGGCGGUGGCCCCGACCUCAUGCAGUAUCAGCCUCAGCCCGGGCCUGGGCUCGGCGCCCCACAGGGUCUGGCUCCCCUCAGACCCGGCCUCCUUGGGAACCCCACCUUCCCAGAGGGCCACCCAAGUCCUGGGAACCUGGCCCAGUACCGGCCCACGGUAGGCCCGGGAACGGCAGUCAGACAGCUGCUGCCGUCCACAGCCACCGUGCGUGCAGCCGACGGCAUGAUCUACUCAACUAUCAACACUCCGAUUGCUGCAACACUGCCCAUAACCACCCAGCCCGCUUCAGUACUGCGGCCCAUGGUGCGCCGCGGCAUGUACAGGCCUUACGUGUCUGGCGGAGUCACAGCCGUGCCGCUCACCAGCCUGACACGCAUGCCCGUGAUUGCCCCCCGGAUACCUCUUGGGCCCACUGGGCUGUACCGAUAUCCCGCGCCGAGCAGAUUCCCCACUGCCUCCAGCGUUCCCCCUGCGGAGGGUCCUGUCUACCUGGGGAAACCCGCUGCGGCCAAGGCUGCGGGGGUUGGGGGCCCACCAAGGCCAGAGCUGCCUGCAGGGGCGGCUCGGGAAGAGCCUCUUUCCACAGCCACCCCUGCGGCCGCCAAGGAAGUCCUAGCAGCCCCAGCCCCAGCCCCGCUGGCUGGCCAGAAGCCCCCCGUAGACGCUGCUCCCGGGGGUGGCAGCGGGGCCCUCAGCCGGCCAGGCCUGGAGAAGGAGGACGCUGUGCAGGAGGAGCGGCAGCGCAAGCAGCAGGAGCAGCUGCUCCAGCUGGAGCGGGAGCGUGUGGAGCUGGAGAAGCUGCGGCAGCUGCGGCUGCAGGAGGAGCUGGAGCGGGAGCGCGUGGAGCUGCAGCGGCACCGCGAGGAGGAGCAGCUGCUGGUGCAACGGGAGCUGCAGGAGCUGCAGACCAUCAAGCACCAUGUGCUGCAGCAGCAACAGGAGGAGCGGCAGGCUCAGUUCGCCCUGCAGCGCGAGCAGCUCGCACAGCAGCGUCUGCAGCUGGAGCAGAUCCAGCAGCUGCAGCAGCAGCUGCAGCAGCAGUUGGAGGAGCAGAAGCAGCGGCAGAAGGCCCCCUUCCCUGCGGCCUGCGAGGCACCUGGCCGGGGGCCUCCCCCAGCUGCCCCGGAGCUGGCUCAGAAUGGCCAGUACUGGCCACCUCUGAGCCACACAGCCUUCAUCGCUGUGGCGGGACCAGAGGGGCCUGGGCAGCCUCGGGAGCCUGGGCUGCAUCGGGGCCUCCCCAGCUCUGCGUCGGACAUGUCGCUGCAGACGGAGGAGCCGUGGGAGGUGGGCCGCGGCGGCAUCAAGAAGCGGCACUCUAUGCCUCGCCUGCGGGAUGCCUGCGAGCCAGAGUCGGGCCCCGAGCCCUGCGGGGUCAGGAGAAUCGCAGACAGCAGCGUGCAGACGGACGACGAGGAGGGGGAGGGCCGCUACCUCCUGACCCGGCGGCGCCGGGUGCGGCGGAGUGCGGACUGCAGCGUGCAGACUGAUGACGAGGACAGUGCUGAGUGGGAGCAGCCCGUGCGCCGCCGCCGGUCCCGUCUUUCCCGCCACUCGGACUCCGGCUCCGACAGCAAGCACGAUGCUGCUGCCUCAUCGUCCCCUGCGGCGGCUGCCGCGAGGGCCAUGAGCAGCGUGGGCAUCCAGACCAUCAGUGACUGCUCCGUGCAGACGGAGCCCGACCAGCUGCCCAGGGUCUCUCCGGCCAUCCACAUCACCACCGUGACUGACCCCAAGGUGGAGAUCGUCAGGUACAUCUCGGCCCCCGAGAAGACGGGGCGCGGGGAGAGCCUGGCCUGCCAGACGGAGCCCGAGGGGCAGGCCCAGGGUGUGGCCGGGCCACAGCUUGUAGGGCCGACCGCCAUCAGCCCCUACCUGCCUGGCAUCCAGAUCGUCACCCCAGGGCCCCUGGGCAGAUUCGAGAAAAAGAAGCCGGAUCCCCUGGAGAUUGGAUACCAGGCCCAGCUACCCCCGGAGUCCCUGUCACAGCUCGUAAGCCGCCAGCCUCCCAAGUCCCCCCAGGUCCUCUACUCACCGGUCUCACCCCUGUCCCCACACCGGCUCCUGGACACCUCGUUUGCUUCCAGUGAGAGGCUGAACAAGGCUCACGUGAGUCCCCAGAAGCACUUCACGGCUGACAGCGCUCUCCGCCAGCAGACGCUGCCUCGCCCCAUGAAGACCCUGCAGCGGUCCUUGUCCGACCCUAAGCCCCUCAGCCCCACCGCCGAGGAGUCUGCCAAAGAGAGGUUCUCCCUCUACCAGCACCAGGGGGGACUGGGUAGCCAGGUGUCGGCGCUGCCACCCAACGGCCUGGUCCGCAAGGUGAAGCGGACACUGCCCAGCCCCCCUCCAGAGGAGGCUCACCUGCCCCUGGCUGGCCAGGCCCCCCCACAGCUGUAUGCGGCCAGCCUGCUGCAGCAUGGGCUGGCGGGGCCCACCGCUGUCCCUGCCACCAAGGCCAGCCUGCUCCGGGAGCUGGACCGCGACCUGCGGCUGGUGGAGCAUGAGUCCACCAAGCUGCGCAAGAAGCAAGCAGAGCUGGACGAGGAGGAGAAGGAGAUCGACGCCAAGCUCAAGUACCUGGAGCUGGGCAUCACGCAGCGGAAAGAAUCUCUGGCCAAAGACCGGGUUGGCCGUGACUACCCGCCCCUCCGUGGGCUUGGUGAGCAUCGUGACUACUUGUCGGACAGCGAGCUCAACCAGCUGCGGCUCCAGGGCUGCGCCACUCCUGCCGGCCAGUACGCAGACUUCCCUGUCACUGCCGCUGCUCCUGCCACCCCCUCUGGCCCCACUGCCUUCCAACAGCCCCGGUUCCCACCUCCAGCCCCGCAGUACUCUGCAGGCAGUGGUGGGCCAACUCAGAACGGAUUCCCGGCCCACCAAGCACCCACCUACCCUGGCCCCAGCACAUACCCAGCACCCGCCUUUCCUCCUGGCACCAGUUACCCAGCUGAGCCUGGCCUGCCAGGCCAACAGGCUUUCCGUCCCACGGGCCAUUAUGCAGCCCAAACACCUAUGCCAACCACACAGAGCACUCUCUUCCCAGUCCCGGCCGACAGCCGUGCCCCCCACCAGAAGCCACGCCAGACGUCACUAGCCGACUUGGAACAGAAGGUGCCCACUAACUAUGAGGUGAUCGCCAGCCCUGUCGUGGCCAUGUCUUCAGCCCCAUCUGAAACCAGCUACAGCGGCCCAGCAGUGAGCAGCAGCUAUGAGCAAGGCAAAGCUGCUGAGCUGCCCCGGGCCAGUGACCGGAGCAGCGUGAGCCUGAGCUCCGCCUCCACCUACCCCUCUGACUCCCACUACACCAGCCUGGAGCAGAAUGUCCCUCGCAACUAUGUGAUGAUUGAUGACAUCAGUGAGCUGACCAAGGACAGCACCUCCACUGCCCCUGAGAGCCAGCGACUGGAGCCCCUGGGGCCGAGCAGCAGUGGGCGUCCUGGGAAAGAGCCCGGAGAACCAGGCAUCCUGGAGGGGCCUGUACUGCCCUGCUGCUACACCAGAGGGGAGGAAGAAUCCGAGGAGGACUCUUACGACCCCCGUGGGAAGAGUGGCCACCACAGGAGCAUGGAGAGCAAUGGCCGACCCACCAGUGCCCACUACUACAGUGACAGUGACUACAGACAUGGGGCUCGAGUGGAGAAGUAUGGUCCAGGCCCCAUGGGGCCCAAGCAUCCCUCCAAGAGCCUGGCACCAGCUGCCAUCUCCUCAAAGCGCAGCAAGCACCGGAAGCAAGGCAUGGAGCAAAAGAUCUCCAAGUUCUCACCUAUCGAAGAGGCCAAGGACGUGGAGUCGGAUCUGGCCUCCUACCCCUCCCCGGCCGUCAGCAGCAGCCUGGCGUCUCGGGGCAGGAAGUUCCAGGACGAAAUCACGUACGGGCUCAAGAAGAACGUGUAUGAACAGCAAAGGUACUAUGGGGUGUCCGGCCGGGACCCAGUGGACGAGGAUGACCGCACGUAUGGAGGGAGCAGCCGGUCCCGGGUGGCAUCGGCGUACGGUGGGGAAAAGCUCUCCGGCCAUGACUUCAGUGGUCGGGGCAAGGGAUAUGAGCGGGAACGAGAAGCCGUGGAGAGACUUCAAAAAGCGGGCCCCAAGCCCUCGUCCCUGAGCAUGGCCCACGGCCGGGCCCGGCCCCCCAUGCGGAGCCAGACCUCCGAAGAGGAGAGCCCCGUCAGCCCCUUGGGGCGGCCCCGCCCUGCCGGCGGCACCCUUCCUCCUGGGGAUACCUGCCCACAGUUCUGCUCCAGCCACUCCAUGCCUGACGUCCAGGAGCAUGUCAAGGACGGGCCUCGGGCCCACACAUAUAAGCGUGAGGAGGGCUACAUCCUGGAUGAUUCCCACUGCGUAGUUUCCGACAGCGAAGCGUAUCACCUGGGCCAGGAGGAGACAGACUGGUUUGAUAAGCCCCGGGAUGCCCGCUCUGACCGGUUCAGGCACCACGGGGGCCAUGCAGUCUCCUCCUCCUCCCAGAAGCGAGGCCCUGCCAGGCACAGCUACCACGACUACGAUGAGCCCCCCGAGGAGGGCCUGUGGCUACAUGAUGAAGGCGGCCCGAGCCGCCACGCCUCAGCCAAGGAACACCGGCACCACAGUGACCACGGGCGGCACUCAGGCCGCCACGCUGGCGAGGAGCCAGGCCGGCGUGCUGCCAAACCACACACUCGGGACCUGGGUCGCCACGAGGCCCGGCCUCACCCUCAGCCCAGCCCUGCCCCGGCCAUGCAGAAGAAGGGUCAGCCUGGGUACCCCAGCUCCGCUGAGUACUCACAGCCGUCCCGUGCUCCGUCAGCGUACCAUCAUGCCUCUGACAGCAAAAAGAGCUCCCGGCAGGCCCACGCGGGGCCCACGACACCGCAGCCAAAGCCAGAACCCCAGCCACAGCCACAAGGUCGGCAGGCAGCUCCCGGGCCACAGCAGUCACAAACGCCACCAUCGAGGCAGACCCCCUCGGCGACAGCAUCGCGCCAGCCACAGACACAGCAGCAGCAGCAGCAGCAACAGCCAGGUCUCGGGAUGCAGCCCCCUCAGGCGGCCCCGGCACAGGCUCGGCUGCAGCAGCAGGGCCAGCCAGCUGCCCGGGGCCCGGCCCCCGCUGCCAGCCAGCCAGCAGGGAAGGCCCAGCCAGGCCCCACGACAGCCACAGGCCCCCAGCCAGCAGGACCGCCCCGGGCAGAGCAGGCAAAUGGCUCUAAAGGGACAGCCAAGGCACCCCAACAGGGGAGGCCUCCUCAGGCCCAACCACCACCAGGACCUGGACCUGCAGGCAUGAAGGCCGGAGCCAGGCCUGGAGGGACCCCGGGGGCUCCUGCCGGCCAGCCAGGCACCGAUGGUGAGAGCGUGCUCUCCAAAAUCCUCCCUGGUGGGGCAGCAGAGCAGGCCGGCAAGCUGACGGAAGCUGUCUCUGCUUUUGGCAAAAAGUUCUCCUCAUUCUGGUGACCAUGCCCUGCAGGGCUCUUGAAGAGAUGAAGGGAGAUGAUAUCAUUGCUGUGGAAAAAUCUCUGGAGUCAGAGGCCUGGGCACAGCUCUGGACUCUGCGUAUAACACAUCUGCAAUCUGGCAAACCCUUGGCCCAAAGACUCACAGCAGGUGGGACGUGGCAGGCAGGCCUCAGUUGAGGACGGGAUGUUUUCUAACAGCAGCUGCCCGGUGAAGCAUCUGCGGGACAUGUUGGGACCACUGGCCCGGGGGACCUGUGAUUGUCUUUCCAGAGACCCUGCUCUCCUCAGGGCAACACCUUCGAGGCCUAGCCUUCGCUGGGAGGGAGGAGCCCUCUCCGGACACCCUGCCACUGCGGCAGUCCUGCUGCUCUUCCCACAGCCGCCUCUCCGCGGCCCGGCCAGCCAGGCUUCCUAUGCGUUAUACACAGAGUUUGGGCGCAGGCUGCCUGUUUCUGACGGACGCUGCCCUCCCUCCACGAUGCCAGAAGUUUUUCCACAGCCUUGGAGAGGGGCUUUGACUGAGGGCUGGGGGCCCCGGGCUCCGUUUCCUUCACAUUCCAGCUGGCCCGGAUCCCUCUGUGGCCACAGGGCCCUGCUCCCCCACCCUGCCCUCUGGGUGACAUCGGAGCAGACCUCCAUGUGGCUAGUGUGGGGUUGGGAGAACUUUACAAACACUAGGACCUAACACUGUCUCAUCGCUGAAAUAAGAGGCCAUAGCACCGAAAAGCAGCGUGGGCACUGGCUGAGGCUUCUCCCAGCCCAUGGGUGGCAGCAUGCUAGCACUCCUGCCACCACCUCAAAGCCAUCCCCCCACCCCCCAGCCAUCGUGAGCAUCCCAGCGGCACCGCCAUUGUCUCAACCAGCCAGUUCGUACACCUGGGGAUUUCUUUUGAUUUCGAGAACAGCCUUAAUCAUUUCAGUUUGAUUUACGUGUAUACCUCAUAAGCAUUUUUCUUUUUUUCCUCCUUCUCCCCCUUCUCUCUUUUUCUUUGCUCACCUCCUUGCCUCUCCCCUCCACCACCACCUGAGACUGAUGGUUUGGUUUCCUCUCUGCUCUGCCCCUGCUCAGCACAGGGAGAAUGUCGACUCAGAAGCAAUAGGGGGCAGCAGGCCACCAAGAGCACAACCCCAAGGCGAGGUCUAGGGAGGCCCCUCAGCCCGCCUCUGUUUACUGUGCAAUCCAGUCCUUCUUAAGCCAUCACCAGUGGGCAUGCUCAGAGCAGAGGGGCCAGGGCUCCUGCCAGCCAAGGGCCGGGCCCAGAGCCCUGUGCUGGGGAGUAUGGCACCGUCCACCCGCCUGGCGGACUGGGUGGCAUUCCUCCCCAAGGCCCUUACCUUGGGGGCCUCCCUUCCUCUUGGGCACCCCCACCAGUCUCAUCUAACGUUCUAUGCAAUGAAAUAAAAACCCUCAAAGACAACUGUUAAUAUUUAAUAAAUUCCAUGUUAUGUAUAAGGAGUCAAUUGCAAAUGUGCAAUUGAGAAACUGGAUAGAUAUGCUCAUAUCAAACCCCCCGCCCCCUGAUCCCACCAUGUGUGUGAAAUUCUCAGUCUGUGGCAUGUUUGACCUGU